CGGGCCUUCCGGGCGUCGCCCCAACCCUUUCCGUGAGGAGCCGGAAGAGCGGCCCGGCGGCCCUGUCCGUGUGCGGCACGCGCGCGGCCUGUGUGUGUGGAGCGUGGAGGGAGAGUGACCGUGUUGAGUGUGAGGGAGCGGAGGGAGCCGUGAGGCCGCCGGCCCAGCGUCCGCCCGCCAUGUCGUCGGGGCUCCGUGCCGGUGACUUCCCGCGAUGGAAACGCCACAUUGCGGAGGAGCUGAGGCGCCGGGACCGGCUGCAGAGGCAGACGUUCGAGGAGAUCAUCGUGCAGUACAGCAAGUUGCUGGAGAAGUCAGAUCUUCAUUCAGUGUUGGCCCAGAAACUUCAGGCUGAGAAGCAUGACAUCCCCAACAGGCAUGAGAUAAGUCCUGGGCAUGACGGCGCAUGGAAUGACAGCCAGCUACAGGAAAUGGCACAGCUGAGGAUUAAACACCAAGAAGAGCUGACUGAGUUGCACAAGAAACGUGGAGAGUUAGCUCAAUUGGUGAUUGACCUGAAUAACCAAAUGCAGCAGAAGGACAGGGAGAUACAGAUGAACGAAGCCAGAAUUACAGAGUGCUUGCAGACUAUCUCUGACCUGGAGACGGAGUGCCUAGACCUGCGAACUAAGCUUCAAGACCUCGAAAUAGCCAACCAGACCCUGAAGGAUGAAUAUGAUGCCCUGCAGAUCACGUUCACGGCCCUGGAAGAGAAGCUGAGGAAGACCACGGAGGAGAACCAGGAGCUGGUGACCAGGUGGAUGGCUGAGAAAGCCCAGGAGGCCAAUCGGCUGAACGCGGAGAAUGAGAAGGACUCCAGGCGGCGGCAAGCCCGGCUGCAGAAGGAGCUUGCAGAAGCAGCCAAGGAGCCUUUACCCGUGGAACAGGACGAUGACAUUGAAGUCCUUGUGGAUGAAGCCUCGGAGCACAUCGAGGAGACCUCUCCCAUGCGAGCCGUCAGCCGCGGAGCCACUAAGCGACUCUCGCAGCCUGCUGGAGGCCUUCUGGACUCUAUCACUAAUAUCUUUGGUCUGUCCGAGUCUCCCCUUUUGGGACAUCGUUCUCCUGAUGCUGCCAGGAGACGCUCAGUCUCUUCCCUCCCAGUUGCCCAGGAUCAUGUGGACACUCACCCUGGUUCUGGGAAAGAAGUGAGAGUACCAACAGCUGCCUUGAGUGUCUUUGAUGCCCAUGAUGGGGAAGUCAAUGCUGUGCAGUUCAGCCCAGGUUCCCGCCUACUGGCCACAGGAGGCAUGGACCGGAAAGUGAAGCUUUGGGAAGUGUCUGGAGACAAGUGUGAAUUUAAAGGUUCCCUGUCUGGCAGUAACGCGGGACUUACAAGUAUUGAAUUUGAUAGUGCUGGCUCCUACCUCUUAGCAGCUUCCAAUGAUUUUGCAAGCCGGAUCUGGACUGUAGAUGACUAUCGAUUACGGCACACACUCACGGGACACAGUGGGAAAGUGCUCUCUGCCAAGUUCCUGUUGGACAACGCACGAAUUGUGUCGGGAAGUCACGACCGGACCCUCAAACUCUGGGAUCUACGCAGCAAAGUCUGCAUAAAGACAGUGUUUGCCGGAUCCAGUUGCAAUGAUAUUGUCUGCACCGAGCAGUGUGUCAUGAGUGGACAUUUUGACAAGAAGAUUCGUUUCUGGGACAUCCGAUCAGAAACAGUUGUCCGAGAGAUGGAGCUUUUGGGGAAGAUUACUGCCCUGGACUUGAAUCCGGAGAGGACCGAGCUGCUGAGCUGCUCCCGUGACGACUUGCUCAAAGUGAUUGAUCUCCGAGCAAAUGCUGUCAAGCAGACGUUCAGCGCUCCUGGAUUCAAGUGCGGCUCUGACUGGACCAGAGUGGUCUUCAGCCCUGACGGCAGUUACGUGGCAGCAGGCUCGGCCGACGGCUCGCUGUAUGUCUGGAGCGUGCUCACGGGGAAGGUGGAGCAGGUGCUGAUGAAGCAGCACAGCUCGUCCAUCAACGCAGUGGCGUGGUCCCCCUCCGGGCUGCACGUGGUCAGUGUGGACAAAGGCAGCAAAGCUGUGCUGUGGGCGCAGCCUUGAUGGACUGACGGGAAGAAGCGCGGGGAGGAGCUUGCGGCUGUGUCCUGGCUAGUGUGGGUCUACCCCGAGGGGCUCCACAACCCUUUGAACAGGAUUGCUUGGAUUU